CUUCCCGGAAUGCGCUGCGCCAAGAACGCGGUGUGAGAAUCGCUUGGCUCGAUCUGUGAGCAGUCACUCGCUUGUCGCAAUCCAGACACAAGAAUCCACAGCUAGUUUUUAACGUACCAGCGAAUGAUACUUAGUGCAUAUUCCUCAUAUAUAUCGUUGGUUCUUGUGCUCUUGGUAUCUUUGUAUUGGAGGAACCCUUCGCUUUUUCACGACUCUGCAAGAAUCUUCUCGCCGAAUUAUCGGAACAUGAGCUCUUCGGAUAAGCCCUCUAGCAUCUACGACAUUACUGUCAAGGAUGCUACAGGAAACGAUGUUUCUCUCGGCAGCUACAAGGACAAAGUUCUCCUGAUUGUAAACGUUGCAUCGCAAUGUGGCUUCACUACAACCAAUUACAAAGAACUCAACGAGCUCUACGAGAAGUACAAGGACAAGGGCUUUGAGAUCCUGGCCUUUCCGUGUAACCAGUUUGCCGGGCAAGAGCCUGGCUCUAACGAAGAAAUCCAGCAAACCGUGUGUACUCGAUUCAAGGCCGAGUUCCCGGUUUUUGGGAAAGUGAACGUGAAUGGAGCAGACACAGCUCCUGUUUUUAAGUACCUCAAGUCUGCCAAGGGUGGGGGCAUUUUCGGCGACUUUAUCAAGUGGAACUUCAGCAAGUUUCUGGUGAGCAAGACUGGUGAAGUUGUUGAGCGCUAUGCUCCAACUACAAACCCAUCCAAAAUCGAGAAGGAUAUCCUGAAGCUUCUGUGAGCUUCGUGUGUGAAAGCAAAGGUACACCAGUAAAGUUACAAUAAAGAAAGGCUAUCAUCGUC